AUGGAAAAAUUUAUGGGCAAGAAGUUACGGUCACAAUUAAAUGGUGGCAGACAAGGCCAAGGGGGAUUUGGUCCCUUUAUGAGUCUUUUGAUGGAUGAACGCGUGGGGACGGCAACCAGUAGGCAACAGAACAAUGUGGGAAGGGUGAUAAAGAGAGGAAAGAGCAUCACCAUGACGGAAGCCGCCCUAAAAGGCCACACCAUUGCUGUCAUUUCAUAA